AUCGUGAUGAGCAACGUGAGCCGGCUGUGCCAUGCGAAAUCCAUGGUGACCGUGAACGUCGGCUACCCUGGGCCGACCAUCUACGCCCGCGAAGGGGACCGCGUCGUCGUGCGCGCGCGUCACCAACCGCGUGGAGCACACAACGUGACGAUCCACUGCCACGGGCUGAAGCAGCGCCGGAACGGGUGGGCGGACGGGCCGGCGAACGUCGUCACGGAGCAGCGCGGGACGCUGUGGUGGCACGCGCACAUCGCCUGGCUGCGCGCCACCGUCCACGGCGCCGUCGUCGUCCUCCCCGAGCGCGGCGUCCCCUACCCGUUCCCCAAGCCCGACGCCGAGGCCGAGAUCAUCCUGGGCGAGUGGUGGCACGCCGACGUGGAGGCCAUCGAGAAGCAGGGCCGCAUGCCUGGCAUGGCGCCCAACACGUCUGACGCGCACACCAUCAACGGCAAACCCGGCCCGCUCUUCCCGUGCUCCGAGAAACAUACGUACGCACUGCAGGUGCAGUGGGGGAAGACGUACCUCCUCCGGGUCGUCAACGCUGCAGUGAACGACGAGCUCUUCUUCUCCAUCGCCGGGCACACCAUGACGGUGGUGGAGAUCGACGCCACGUACACCAAGCCCUUGGCGGCGUCGACCAUCCAGCUCUCGCCGGGUCAGACCACCAACGUGCUCGUCCGGGCGGACCAGAAGCCCGGCCGGUACUUCAUGGCCGCCAAGCCCUUCAACCACGUGCCCGUCCCCGCGGACGACAAGACGGCCACCGCCAUCCUCCAGUACGCCGGCGUCCCGACCUCCGUCCUCCCGCCGCGCGCCGUGGACCGGCACCUGCUGUACACCAUCGGGCUCAACAUCGACCCGUGCCGUGCACGGUCGUGCCUGAACGGCUCCCGCCUCGCGGCGUCGCUCAACAACAUCACGUUCGUGAUGCCCGCGGUGGCGCUGCUGCAGGCGCACUACGGCGGGCUGAAAGGCGUCUUCGCCGCCGACUUCCCCGACCGCCGCCCGCCGGCGCGGUUCAACUACACGGGCGUGCCGCUCACGACGGGGCUCGCCACGUCGCUGGGCACGAGGCUGAGCAAGGUCGCGUACAACCUGCUGUCCGUGGAGUCGCACCCGUUCCACCUCCACGGUUACAACUUCUUCGUCGUCGGGAGGGGCCUCGGCAACUUCGACCCGGCCAAGGACCCCGCCAAGUACAACCUCGUCGACCCGCCCGAGAGGAACACCGUCGGCGUGCCCGCCGGCGGCUGGACCGCCAUCCGGUUCAGGGCAGACAAUCCAGGUGUUUGGUUCCUGCACUGUCAUCUGGAGGUGCACACGACUGACACGAGCUAGGGCCUCAAGAUCGCAUUCCUGGUGGAGGACGGCAAUGGCCCUGAUGAGUCGGUUUUGCCGCCGCCCAAGGAUUUGCCCGAGUGCUGAAGCGGCGACCACACAAUUCGUGCGAAUUGCAAAUGCCUCCGAUUUCUUUCGUGCCUGUGUUUUGUAACGAACUGCA